UUUGUUUGUGUUGGGAGAAGGAGAAGCGAGAACGAGCUCGGAAAUGGCGGAGAGCGCGGAGCACAGCGACGAGCUUCCUCGGCGAACUGGGCCACCGAGAGCGCCGCGCGGGCUCGGCCGCGCACGGGACUGACACGCCGAGCCGCCCCACCACCGGCAGCGCCGCCGCCGCCACCACCGCGGAGGGGGGGAGGGGGGAAGACUCCAGGCGGGUGGACGCCGAAUUUUUUUUUUUUUAGGAGAGGGGGGGGGGCGGGCGUCCAGCGCGGUGUGGGUGCUUAGCCAGGCUGUUUAGCCGUGGCUAAGCUAACUGACGUUGACGCUCGUUGGCUUAGAGUCGUGGGUGACUUCCACCCCCCCUCGCCGCCGCCGCCGCCGCCGCCUCCUCCUCCUCCACGCAGGGUUGUUUGUCAACAGACGCCGAGGUUAACUUGUUAGCCAGCCUGCGAAUAACAGAGACAAAAAAAGCCCAACUUGACGCCGUACGCGUGUUUUUUUUUUUUUUUUUUCCUCUCCUGGUGAGGCGGACGUUACGUGUCAGCCGCCGCGGUGCGGGUGUAAAGUUAACCACGCAAAGUUAGCGAACGACACCCACAAAAUAAUAAUAAUAAUAAUCAUCAUCAUAUUAAAGAAAAACUGGGCCAAGCUGAUCAAGUUAAGUUAGCUACUUGGAGCUAACUCGGCUAACUGAACUGUUGUCGGACGCCCCGAAAACAGUGGGGAGGCGCGGCCACUUCUCGUGGGAUGUAAACGGGGGAAGGAGAAGGAAAAGCAGCGACCGUGGAGCGGCGGUGGUGAGAGCCCGCCGGGGAGGGGGCGACGACGACGACGACGCCCGCUUCUGCCAUAAAACAAGGUGCCAUAUUCCCCGCUGCACCGCGAUGUUGCUAAGUGACGGAGGGACCGCACCGCGACUGUGACCCUCUCGCCUCCCGUCUACUCGAAGACCACCCCCUCACCCCGCGCCACCACUGACCAGUCGCCUUCUUGCCCUGGAAAUGUCCGGCCGCUGCAUGACUCAGCCCCUGGAGACCUAGACCACGUUAGUCGAAGCUGAAAAUGAGCGCCGUCGGGGAAAGUCCCCUGGACCCUGACACGGCCGAGUCGCGCAAGAGGAAGGGCUCGCCGUGCGACACGUCAGCGCAAAGUCUGGAGAAGCGACGGCGCGAGCUGGAGUCUCGCUACAUUGGCGAGCUGGCGGAGCUGCUGUCCUCCAACAUGGGCGACAUCGCCAGCCUCAGCAUCAAGCCCGACAAGUGCCACAUCCUCAAGAGUACCGUGGACCAAAUCCAGCAGAUGAAACGGCGCGAGCUGGAGAAAGCAGCUCUUCGGUCUCCAGACGAUGCGGUGCAGAAGAGCGACAUCUCCUCCAGCAGCCAGGGCCUGCUGGAGAAAGAAGCCCUGGGACCCAUGCUGCUAGAGGCUCUGGAUGGCUUUUUCUUCGUGGUGAACCGCGAGGGACGCAUCGUGUUUGUCUCUCAGAAUGUGACGAGCUACCUGGGGUACCCUCAGGACGAGCUCAUGAUGUCCAGCGUCUACAGCAUCCUGCACGUCGGCGACCACAACGAGUUUGUUCGCAAUCUGCUGCCCAAAAGUUUAGUGAACGGCGUGCCAUGGCCUCAGGAGUCAGGCCGCAGGACCAGCCACGCCUUCAACUGCCGCAUGCUGAAAAGGCCGCCUGAUGAAAUCGACUCCGAGAACCAGGAGGCCCGGCAGCAGUACGAGAUCAUGCAGUGCUUCACCGUGUCGCAGACCCGUGCCCUCGUGCAGGAGGAAGGCGAUGACCUGCAGAGUUGCCUGAUCUGCGUUGCUUGCCGGAUGCCUCGAGCCCAGCCCGUCACCACAGAGUCUUUUAUCACCAGGCAGGACCCCACAGGGAAGAUCAUCUCCAUCGAGACGAGCGCAUUGCGGGCGACUGGCCGACCCGGCUGGGAGGACUUGGUCAGGAAGUGCAUCUCCGCCCUUUUCCAGCCGCAGGGCAAAGAGCCGUCCCACGCCAAAAAGCUGCUGCAUGAGGUGAUGAGCCACGGCACCGCCAUCAGCCCGCUGUACCGCUUUACCUUGAGCGACGGCACGCCGCUCAGCGCUCAGACCCGCUGCAAGUUCUGCUGCCCGCCGAACCCAGACGUUCAGCCCUUCAUCAUGGGCAUUCACACUAUUGACAGGGAACACAACACUGGUAGCUCUCAGGAAAACACUAACCCCAGCCUUCAGCCAACCCUGGGCAACCUUGCCCAGGCGCCCUCACGCUCGCCGGUCCUCACUUCUGGCAGCAACUCGAAACAAACCUCAGGCCCCGCCGCCGCCUCAGCGUCCUCAGCCCCCUCUGCCUCAACGGGGCUCCACCCCGGCAACAGCAACGUCUCCCCCCAACGACUGAAUACGGCAGCCGCCUACGCGUCGCCCAGCCGGACGCGGCCCCUGCAAGGCAACAGCCCGUCACCUCUCAGCAGCCCCACCACGGCCACCCCUACCUCGUUUAUGUCGUCCGUCGUUUUGCGGGCCAGUCCCGGCUCGGCGGGGAGCCCGAGGGCGCCGGGCCUCCACUCGCCGGCCGGCGUACUGAACAGACAACACUCUGGCGGCGACGCUAGCAACAGCGCUCAGGCCGGGUCAAAAGGAUGCUUCGCCAGACAAGGCGGGACCCCCGUUGGCUUCUCCUCUUCCCGGCCUGGAGCGGAGGGAGGGCUCGAGGACUCUGUCAAAGCUCCUCCGCUGGCUCAUCUCAGACUUAAUCAGCCGCAGGACAGCAAUGGGACAGGAACUGAAGUUAGCGAAGUCCAUUGCACCUCGCUGCCUCAUCCCAAAACCUCUCCCGGUCCUCAGUGUCCCGCCUCCCACAGCACGCUGACGGAACGGCACAAGAUCUUACACCGACUGCUCCAGGACACCAGCGAUUCCACGACUACGUCGUCCGCCAACGCCGCCGCCUCUGAGGACAGGGUCAACAGAAGCGACGUGGAGAUCAAGAAAGAGCCGCCGUCCAGUCCUCUGGUGAGCACGCCGCUGCAGCGCUCGACUUCCAGAGAGCCGCAGGACCACCAGCUGCUGCGCUUUCUGCUCGACACAGACGAGAAGGACCUGGGAGACCUGCCUCCUCCCUCAGCUCUCAGCCUGCAGACAGUUCGGGUGAAGGUGGAGAAGCGAGGCAGCGGGGAGGCUUGCGGAGCGGCGGUGGGUACGAGCCCCGCCGUCAAGGCUGGCACUCCGGCUUGCGUUAGCCCCAAGUUGAGCCCCGUCGGCGAGAGAAGGCGAGACAGCCGGCGAGAGAGCCGACGAGAUAGCCGUGACUCCACGAUUUCUGGCGGCGGCGCCGACAUGGAGCCUCCCGCCCAGCCACCUUGCGCCCUCAGAGGCCCAAGCGCGGCAAAGCAGGGCGAUGACGACGCAGGAGCGCCCGGAGGAGGCCCCCACCUUCACUCUCCGGCUCCCCAGACGCCGGCGCCGCUCCAGUCCCCGGGGCCUCCGCUCCAGUCCCCCCUGUCCCAACCCCGCUUGCAGUCACCGUCGCCUCAGCUCCACUCGCCAUCCACGCAGCUCCGGCUGCAGUCGCCCACCCAGCCGCAGCCUGGCGGCAUCAGUGUGAAGAGGGAGCCGCCCGGUACUCCGAACAGAGGCAACAAUGAUGGCGGCCCCGCUUCAGGCUGCAGUCAUUCGGUGUUCGAUUUCUGCAGUCCCCCGACUCCGUGCCAGGCCCAAGGAAAGGGACAGGUAGACCUCGCUCAGGCCCACAAAGACAGCGGCAGCCCCUUCUCGGAGGCAGAAAUCAUCAACCCGUUCAGUUCAACCGCUGGGCCGACCAAGUUGGAUUUGGCCGACUCACAGUUCCAGCCUCUGUCACUGUCUGACUCGUUGACCUUUGAUGUCCUGGGAACUCCAUUACAGCAGCCCCUCGCUUCGCCCCAAGAGCAGUGUGUGCCCUGCACGCUGGACGACGUCCUGGUAGCGCCGACCACGUCCGAAGCACGGAACGACGAGAAGGCGCUGCUAGAGCAGCUGGUCUCCUUCCUCAGUGGCACGGACGAAAGUGAACUGGCGGAGCUGGACAAAGCCUUGGGUAUUGAUAAGCUGGUGCAGGGUGGCUGCUACGACCCGAUGCCCCACAACUUCCCAACUCAGCAAGUCACUGCCGCCCCCCUCUCCUUGGAUCCCAAGCUGCCUUCCUACCCUUCGCAGUUCACGCCGCCCGCCCAGUUUCCCCCGGAGCUGUCCGCCGUCGGUCAGCAGCAGGCCCUGGGCUUCGGGGCUGCCCGGGGGACCUUCCUCGGCGGGGCACCCGCCACUAUGGCGGGCCUCCGGCCGGCGAUGUCCCGCCCGCCCCAAGGCGUGGGCGCCCAGCUCAGGCUGCCGCCCAACCAGCUGCGGCUACAACUGCAGCAGCGACUUCAGGGUCCUCAGCAGCUGCAGAACCGACUGGCAAUGAAUACGUUCUCCGCGGCAGGAGGAGGAGGAGGAGGCCAGCAUGUGAACAUGGCCAUUCGUUUGGGGGCGCCACAACUUCAAAUUCCUUCACAGCCUCCGCUAAACGCUCAGAUGCUGGCUCAGCGUCAGAGGGAGCUGUACAGCAUCCAGCACCGUCAGCGUCAGCUUUUCCAGCAGAAGGUCAUGCUGAUGAGACAGAACAUGGCCACCGCCACCCCCACGGGAGGCGCCGUUUCCGCCACCACCGCCGCUGUCGCCAGGGUCCCGAAAGGUGCCAACAACAGCGCGUCCGCAGCUCAGCAGCAAGCGCAGUUCAACUUUCCCGCUGGCUACAGCCCGGCGUCGGCAAACCCUCCUACCUCACCCGGUCACUUCAGCGGCCCCGUGCCGGCGGGGGCGCCUCUUCCGGGGAGCCCCCUGGAUGGCAAACUGAAUAGCCAAACCACGUUGCUGGGCGGCGUGCAGGGUCCGCCCUUCAGUGGCGGCUCCUCCUUGCAAGUCCAGCAAGGUCUGAUGUCGCAGUUUGGCGGCACCGCCGCAGUGCAGCCGGACCAGCCUUUCCCCCCCGAGAUCAGCCCCUCCAGUCCGUUGUUGUCCCCACAGAGCUCCACGUCCCAGAGUAGUCCUCUGCUCCAGCAAGGCCCACCUCCCGGCUACCAGUCCCCGGACAUGAAGAGCUGGCAGCCGGCCAGCAACAGCCUCUUCAGUCCAUCAUCGCAGCACAGCGGGAGACAGACGUACGGCCAACAGGGGGUGUACAACAACAUGAGCAUCACGGUGUCCAUGGCCGGGGGCUCGGGCGGCGUGGGCUCCUUGCCCUCCUUGGGGCAACCCGGCGGCGGCUUGAACAGCAGCAGUGGCGUGGGGCCGCUGUGUAACGAGCAGCAGGUCAGAGCAAACCUUUUUUUUUUUUUUUUUUUUUUUAAACGUUUCUACCCGAUCUGGGGUGUUCCUGCGCACUACCGCCUCGCGUGUCGUGUACUUAAGUAUGUCGACGUGCUUUCCCACACGCAGGUGCAGCAGGUCCAGCAGGUGCAGCAGGUGCAAGUGUUCGCCGACGUCCAAUGUACCGUCAACCUGGUGGGCAGCGACGCGUACCUGAGUCAGGGCUCCGUGGCGGCCGCCGGCCAGAAGGGUCCCGGCCCUGCGCCGGGCGCCCAGACCAGCCAGGCCCAGCAGAAGAGCCUCCUCCAGCAGCUGCUGACCGAGUGACGGCGCCCCCCCUUCCCGCCCCACCCGUGAACGUCACCCGACAGACCACCGCUUCCUCUUCACUCGUACGCCUCUUCUUGGACCCCAUGGCAGGCUCACCUCACUUCAGGACACGCGGAGGGCGUCUGGCCGAGGAUGGCGCCGCCCUGCCCCCGAGGAGGGGCCGGCGUGGGAGGAUGCCGGCGAGCUGCCUGUCUGACUUGUCUGACAACCUGUCUGCCUGCUUCAGCCUAUUCAAGGCAGUGUUGUCUUUGCUGCUCAUCCCACCCAACCACCCUCACCCUCACCUGACCAACCGUUACCAAACACCUGCUUCCUGGUUGCUGUCCAAUCAGGACACAGGAGUACCUCAAAGGGGCGGCAGCCCCCGUUUUGGCUUUUUGAUUUGCAUUUUUUUUCUGGGAAUGUGGCAACGGAAGCUCUGUAUCAGCUGGUUCUGCGACGCUCUCUCUCUGUCAGCUACACAGUGCCUGGUGGAAGUUUGAGCUUCUUUUAUUUCUUCUCCUUCCACACACAAUUAUUCGGUUGUUUUUUUUUUUUUUCAUCGUUGUUGCGCUCUCGUCAUCAUCGCUGUCAUCUCAAUCAGCGCUAACAAAGGACGCGGUGACAGAUGUAUGAGUGGGAGACAGACGGACAGGAUGCUGCUCACAGUUUUUUUUGGGGGGGGAACUUUUUUUAAUUAUUAUUUUUGUAUUAAGUAUAAAAAAAAUACGAGAAACUGUUGGGAUUAUUUAACAGUCGCGUGUUUAUUAGCCCUCACCUCAGCAGCUGUGAAUACGAGGCCAGCUCGGCCUUCUUCUCUCUCUCUCUCUCUCUCUCUCUCUCUCUCUUCUCUUUUUCUAUCCGACGCUAACUUGGCCUAUCAGUGUUUUUUGCCAUACAGGCGUCUUGUGUUGUACAGUACAGAAGGAAGAUGGACAUUAGCGGUGGACUUGCAACAAAAACAUGUGGAACGUUGCCCUUUUCACACGGCGCAGGCAAGGCAAAACAAACGUUUUCCUGCAUCUGGCACAGACAAUCGAGUGCCGUUUUACAAACUCUGGAUGUAGCAUGGUGCUUGGAGUUGAUCUAAGAUGGCCACCGUCAGUCACUCGACGCAAAAUUAAGACUCUCUGAAUCUGGCACUAAAAUUCAACUGGUAUGUUACUAAAAUCUGUUUUCCAAAGUUGCAUUGGCACCAUGGAACGAGGACGUUUCCUUCCACAUGGUGCAGACAAGGCGCGACAAGCACCACUUCUUUGUCCUUUUCUUGAAUCAGACGCCAUAUUGACAGCUAUUUUAAGCACUCUAAAUGUACCGUCGUGUUCACAAUAGCAGUCCAAUGGGAUUAACCAGAUUGAUCCAUGUUUUCAGUAUAUAUAUAUUUUUUUUUUUAUUGCUACGUCAAACAAGUUAACUGGAGGCGCAGUACAUUCUCAGAAAAGCAACAAGACCCGGCAUUCAUGAUUUUCACAUGCUUUGUUGCUGCUGAAUUUGCAGUCUGCCGUUGACUUUACAAACUCAUAACUAUUUUAUCCAAACUUUUUUAUUUCCAGGAUUUGGCAAUCCUUUGAAUCACAAAACUAAAAUGUGUGUGGUUGUACGACCACCUUUUUUUUUUUUUUUUUUUUUUUUUAUUACUGCUUCACACCUACGUGGCAUGAGGUCAACCAACUUUUGUGGCACCUUUCAGCUGUGAUUCCAAUCCCAAGAUUCCUGGGCCACAUUCCACAAUUCAUUUACAUUUCUCGGUUUUGCUCCAGAAACCGCCCCGCAGGUUCUUGAUUGGAUUAGGGUCUGGGGAUUGGUCUGUCCGCUCCGUGACAUUAACUUUGUUGGUUUGGAACCAAGACUUUGCAUGUUUACUCGUGUGUUUGGGGUCAUUGUCUUGUUGAAACACCCAUUUCUAGGGCCUGACCUCUUCAGUAUAAGGCAUCAUGACUUCUUCAAGUAUUUAGAAACAUGCAAACCCAUCCUUGAUCCCUAGUAGGCGAUAAAUAAGCCCAACAUCAUAGGAGAAAUGUCCUCAUAUCGUGAUGCUUCACUGUCUUCACUGUGUACUGUUGCUCAAAUUCAGAGUUUGGGGGUCAUCUCACAAACUGUCUGCGGCCCUUGGACCCAAAAAGAACAGUUUUACUCUCAUCAGUCCAGAAAAUGCCUCAACAUUUCUCUUUAGGCAAAUCGUUGCCUCUUCUGUGCAUGUUUUUUUUUUUUUUUUUUUUAACUUUGCGGGGGAGUCUUGUAAAUAGAUUAGCUUAGCACAGACGUCUUCUCACUGACACAUACUUUUAGGUAACUCCAAACUGUCCUUGAUCAUCCCGGCAGUGAUCUUUGGCUGAGCCUUUUGCCAUCCAUUUUGAUGGUGGUCUUCUGUUUUCUGCCAUGUUUUUCUCUCCAUUUUGAGGCAUUGGGGAUCAUUUUAGCUGAACAGCCUGUUAUUUUUUGCACCUCUUGAUCAGUUUUCCCUUCUCCAAUCAAACUUUUAAUCAAAGUACACUGUUCUUCUGGACAAUGUCCCGAACGACCCAUUUUCCUCAGGCUUUCAAGGAGAAAUGGAUGUUCAACAGGUGCUGGCCGACCUAAUUCGUAAAACUGGUUGAAUGCUGCUUUCCUAUUUUUUAUUUCAAGAAAUUGCCCAAUUGGACAGCUUAAAGAGUGUAGUGUGCAUAUCAUGAAUGCUUGGUCUUGUUGGUUUUCUGAGAAUCUAAUGGACCUACUGGUAACUUAUUCAACAUGGCAAAAAAAAAAAAAAAAAGUACUGUGAACAUGGAUGAAUCUUGAUUAGUCACAAUGGGCCGCUGUUAUUUUGAGUUUACUACUGCCACGUAGUAUUUAACCAAGCUGGCAACCCCCCUGUGGCUCUAGAUGCAAAACGGGCACCAGGUUUUCGAUGUUUCCCAGAAAUUCAACAAAUUUUACAUUAGCUGUGUUGACGCUUGCAUUUUCCCAGAAACGGGCACCGACAUUUGUCCGACAUCCGACCCCCUCUCGACUUUACUUGGCCUCGGUUUUUCCAAAGCGGCGCUGACGCCAGCCACGUGUGAAAGGGGCAAUAAUAGCAGCAGGUGUUUGGAGUCAUACUGUGUUCGAAGCAGCGGUUCUUUGACUUUUUCCUGAAAUCGGAACCAACGUUUGAGCUCCAUUUUUACCUCGUACCCAAGAUGUAUUGAGUGAACGGGGCUCCAUUUGCAACAGUUUUCAAGGUCAUACUGUACUGUUAAAUAAUGCAGCGGAGGAGGAAGUCGUCGUUUCCCCCAAGCAUAAAAUGUGAAAAUCAUCCAAAUGUACCCACUUAAAACGGACGCCGCCAUCAGGAGAAGCUCUGUCAUUCCACGCCCUACCUCAGAGUACUUUUUCUUUUUAUUUUGAUUUUCUUCCGAUGACCUCAUCCUCUCCUUUACCAGACACGCACGCUGCCUGGUUUUCAGACCUCGUUUCACACUGUGAACUCAGCUCGCUGGUUUCUUCUUUGGUUAUGAUAUAUUUUUUUUUUAAUCUUUUUUUUUUUGUUGUUGUUGGUUUUCGUGUGUAUUUUAGUGAUGCAGUAUCAAUCCAGGAAUACCGCAACGUGCUCUUUCACACAACUUUUAAGGACUUUUACAGAACUUUUUUUUUUUUUUUUCCUCCAUUGACGACCAUCUCUCCACUUUGCUGGUAUUUUUUUUCCAAAUUUGAGCGAGUUCAUGGACAAAAGAAUUGGGCAGUGCCGUGCCUGAUUUAGAAACUCGUGCGAGGUUUCGAUACAUUUGCGUGUGGGAAGAACUCUGUCUUGAAAGGGCCCGAUCCGGCUUGCCCCGGCCUUCUUUCACACCGCGCUCUUCCGAGCACACUUUUACAGCCCGAAAAAAGAAGUUUCCCCGAAACUUUUCUGGAAGAAUGGUCGAUUUUCAUCACGGGAUGAGGAAUCCUUUUCCUCUCUUCACUCCACACUACAAACGACAAGAAAAGGCAAAAGGACAAGAAAAGGCAAAAAAGAAAAAAAAAAAAAGAUGCAUGUUGAAAUUCCAGAAGUUAUGCAAUCGGCGGCUGAGCGGAAAGGCCUCCCCUUUUCUUCGUGCUCCUCCUCCUCCGAGUUGGCAGGUACAGGCUUUUUGUUAACAUGAUGUAAAUAACAAAGAGAAAUGUGAAUAAUAAUAAUAGUAAGGAAAAUCAUCAUCAAGACAGGUUUGUGGUAAAUAACUACUCGCCUCCCAUCUUUUUUUUAUGGGAUUUUCUACUCUUUUCAAAUUCGUUCAAUGAUGAUGCGUAUGUAUAUGACUAUCAGUGCGUGUGAUGAAUACUGUAUAUUAUUAUUAUUAUUAUUAUUAUUAUGGAUCCUCCCCUUCCCUGCUCCACGUGUCUGAUGCCAGAGAAUGGUUUCUAUAGCGACUGCUGAAUGUGAUUUUUACUGAGCGACGAGGAGUGUGGACUGGCUUUGUAUUUGUUAUCGUCGUUGUACGGGUUAAUUUAAGAGAAAAAAAAGGCCAUAUUGUAUUUUUUUUUUUUUUUUUUUUUUUUUGCUUAUCGUUGUUAUAGCCGACGCCGGAGAGCGGAGCCUCGGCAGGGCGGAGAAACGACCACCUGACAUUUUUCCCCCCACCAUACCCCGUUUAAUGAUCAUAAAUGACCAAAGCCUCAAAGAUCUUGUAUGCAAACCAUCACUGGAUGUUAGCGCCUUCCGCCCCUGUUUUCUUUCUUUAUUUUUUUUUUUAUAAGUGGCCCAAAGUUAAACAUUAACUAUGCACCCUUUAGCCAAAAGAAAAAAAAAAAAAAAGGAGGGUGGGGGUAGCACUGGAGUAAGCCACAUCCCAUUAACAUAAUUUUUAAAAAUUGAGUGUUUUUGCUUGCCUUUAGUCUUACAAAACCAGACCUCAUGCAUUUUUUUUUCUUCUUGCUGUGAAACUUUUUUUAAAAUAAAAAAGAAAACUGUUAGCAUAUUUAAAGAAAACUGGAACGAUCAUCAAGCUCUUCUUUUGGCUUUUGUACAAAAAAGUGGAUAUGCAUGAGUAUCAAUGGACAGCGAAAUGAAGCUAAAUCAAAACACCAAAGUGAAAGCAAAAAAAAAAAAAAGAAAAAAUCCCAACUUCAUUUCCGUUUAUGCUAGCUUCCACCUUGUUUUUUUUUUAUCCUUGUGUGUUGUUAAAUCUGAUCUAAAAAUGUAGGAUUAGUGUUGCCAACCUUUUUUUUUCCCGUCUUUACUCAACUUCAGUGCGAAUAUUGUCAAGAAAUGUGCAUUUCCACACACACACACACACGUUAGCCGUUAGCAAGCUAAGCUAUGCUAAUUUUGGCCGAAAAGCUUCAGACUAGUUCAAACGGACACCCAAGAUUGAGCGAAUGAUGUAUUUUGUAAAACGACAGACGCAUUUCUUCAGUUCUCUCCUCUUUUUGCCGAAAAGCGGUCGCAAAUAAAACACCGUGAUCUGUUUUCCCCCCCUUCUUUGCCAAACUUGUAGGCACCAUUUUAAAAACGCAUCUCCGCAGUUUGACAUUUUUGUUCACAAAAUAAAAAAAAAAAAAAGAAAAAAAUUCUUGAAAUCAUGAAUUUAAAAAAGCAACAUUUUUUCAUUUAUCAGCUUUGGGUUUAUUCCCCCCCCCCCCCCCCCCCCUGUCAAAGACUUAAAGACCUCAACCUUUCAGAACAUUCCGGAUCACGAUGCGGUUCUAGGCGGCGCUCGGGCUCCCAUCCUGUGUUCAGCUUCUCCGCUGCCCCCCCCCCACCUUAUUUUCAUCAAUUUAUGAUUUUUAUACAGACACCCCCACCCCAGUCAGGUCUCUGGACUCUCGUGGCGUUUUUCUCCGCUUUCGAGCGCCGAGGUUCCGCUUUCUCCCCUUGUACAAAUUAAUAUAAAUAAAUAUAUAGAGAUAUAUGAUACAUUUUACUCUUUCUUUUCUUUGUACAUGACCCUUAUGUAAGGUUUCGUUGUAAAGAAAAGGCACGGGAGCAGCUACAAUAUGACCGAGUGACAGACAGUGUUCAUGUGGGAUGAACAUUUUUUUUUGUUUUGGGGGG